CGACCAUUCACCCUCUGUCUCACCUCGCUCACCUGCAACACUCCCCCUUUAUACUGACCUCCUCCGCAGCGUACAGCGGCCAGUCAGGAUCGGAUCCAAACCAGCGGCGCGCUCAACUGUGCUUUCACAUGUUUUGGACCAUCAACUAUGUACAUGUACUGUCUCGUCCCCUCGUUCAGACAGAUUCCUCUGAUCCCAAACGAAGUAUAAAGGCCCUAUCCUCCCCGGAGUGCAAGCCUUCGUCCUUCAGAAUGUGAUGAUUCUCGCUGGAUUUUCUCCUCGCCGUUGUCAGGGGCCGUUUUACCGUGAUAUCAGACUACUGUCACUUCUGCCACCGCCAUAUGUCAGCCAAGGCCGCGAGAGCUUACACCGGACCAACUACUGCUUGCUCAAGCUGAAGCAAACGGUUACCAGAGAGCAGCACAUAUCGAGGCUGACGAGUUUGUAGCUGAGAUCAGUAUGUCUCGAAGACGAAGAAUAAGAUGCCUCCCUCCAGCGCUAUGUCUUAUCGCUGACCCCGGCGUUGCUCUCAUCACCGCGUGGACCUCACUUGCCGCAAACAAGUGGUCGAGGAAGAGCGCCAGACAACUGACUAUGUGCACACUUACCUCGUAGGCAACUCACGUCGGCCCUUCUCUUGCUCAUCGGCAGCCGCGUAUGACACGAAAUCGCUCAUCUCGUCGAAUGGUUCGGGAUGGUGGUGAGAAGCGGCCCAUGAGAUGGGAUGAGUUCUCGUACCCAUGCGUCACAGCUGGGUACGAAGAGGUCGACCGUCUCCGCGCACAGUCGCCACCCCAUUCCCUGUCUCCCAAAUCCAUCGCUGGGGGAACAAUAGGGUUGAGAUUAAGGACGCCAUCAAAACUCGACGCCGCAGUCGUACGAAUGAGCUGGACACGGUUGCGAAGGUUGUUGACGGAUUCUCUCGGUGGCUACGGACGACUUGUCUUCUCUCUAUCUUGGUAAUGCUAUGUGAUUAUGUUGUUGGCAUUUUGAAUGGGGAAUUACCUGGUGUCCGGAUGACUUUGUGAUGUCGGUCACGUUACAACUUUUCUUUUGCCAUAUCUUUUCUACUCGCCGCAUCCACAUCUUUGUUCAAAGAUGUCAUGGACUAACCUCCUUGUCAGGGUCGACUGAGACU